AUUUGCCUUUGAGUGCCAAGGUCCUCCCCCUCCUCCCCCUCUCCCCUCAGAUUUAGGAAAGCUGCUCCUUUCCUUGUUCGAGCCCAGCUCUGUCUCUGCCUGUCACCCUCAUUUGCAGAGCAGUCCUGCAGGCUUCAUUUAAGUAAGUUAUGGAGACCAGUGACUGAAAAUGUGAGCCCAGUUGGAAGAUAAUUUGAUGCUGGCAUCAAAUGCUAGAGCAGAUGAGGCACUGCUUGGGAGAGCAAGAAAGAAGGUUCCAGUCAUUUGAGGCAGUGGAGACCUUUGAAGAGCCGAGUCCAGUGAAGCUUAAUAACUUAAAAUUGAUUGUUUCUGGAUGUUUUUUUUUGUAAAGGAGUAUAUUUCUGUUGGUGGCUUUGUGUUUUCUUUUUUUACCUGAUGUGUUUCUUGAUCUGAUGUGCUGGGUUUUUUAAAUUGUUAUCUUUAUGUACGCAUUAGAGGUAAAUUAUUUGCAAAAGGAUUCUACCCUUGAAAUCCGAAAGCCUUAUAUCUGAAUGGACACUGGUAGGAGUGAAUACAUGAACCUCACUGUCGUAUUGUUUCUGAUGUUUUAUUCCAGUGAUGGCACUGAAUGAGCAGGGGGAAUAUACCUAUAGAUACAAAGACCUCUCUCAUCCUAUAGAGUUUUUGGAUGCCUUCAGGACAUUUUAUCUUGAAGGGUUAUUCACUGAUAUUACCCUUCAGUGUGCACCGGGUGUGCUGUUCCAUUGCCAUAAAGCUGUACUAGCUGCUUGUAGCAACUAUUUCAAAGCCAUGUUUACUUCUGACAUGAAAGAAAAGUCAAAGGAUCAGAUUCAUCUUUCUUUGUUCAGUCCUACAAUACUGGAAUCCCUGGUGAUGUACACGUACACAUCAGAGAUCCAGAUAACAAAACAAAAUGUUCAAAGCCUCCUUCAAGCUGCUGAUCAUCUUCAGUUUACUUCCGUCAAAAAAGCUUGUGAGCAGUUUCUCAUCAGACAUUUAGACCUUGACAACUGUUUAGGGAUCCAUGCCUUUGCAGAAUUCCAUGUCUGUUCCGAGCUGGAGAAGGAAUCCAGAAGGAUAAUUUUGUCCAGAUUUGAAGACGUGUGGAGACGGGAAGAAUUUCUAGAGAUUAGCAAGGAGAAACUCCAGUUCAUUCUCUCCAGAAAGAAUCUUGAUAUAUGGAAAGAAGAAGCAAUGAUAGAGCCCAUUGCCAAGUGGAUUGCCUAUGAGGUGGACAGCAGGAUUGAACAUAUUUAUGAUCUGUUGAGGUGCCUUGAAAUUGAUUUAGAUGAAAUGUACUUGAAAUCAGCCCUCAGCUUAUACAAGACAUGCCAGUUAAAGGAAAAUAAAAUCAGAUCUCUAAUACGUAGUGUAUUGGGCCCCAAGCCAAGAGCAGUUACAAAAAGAUCUACCACUAUUAUGUAUGUGAUUGGGGGCUAUUACUGGCACCCUUUGUCUGAAGUCCACAUAUGGGACUCAGUAAACAACAUUUGGGUCCAGGGAACAGAUAUGCCAGAUCACACACGAGAAAGUUAUGCAGUCACAAGCCUGGGACCCAAUAUUUACGUGACUGGAGGUUACAGAACAGACAAUAUAGAAGCCCUUGAUUUAAUGUGGAUAUACAAUUUUGAAACCGAUGAAUGGAUUGAAGGCCAACCCAUGCUUAAUGCAAAAUACUACCACUGUGCAGUAACCUUAAGUGGCUGUAUCUAUACUCUGGGAGGUUAUCGAAAAGGGGCUCCGGCUGAAGAAGCGGAAUUCUAUGAUCCUUUAAGAAAGAAAUGGUUCCCAAUUGCAAACAUGAUUAAAGGUGUUGGAAAUGCCACUGCCUGCGUCCUGAAUGAAGUCAUCUAUGUCACCGGAGGCCAUUAUGGUUAUCGGGGAAGCUGCACUUAUGAUAAAAUUCAAACAUAUAAUUCAGAUAUUAAUGAAUGGAGCAUAAUCACCACAAGUUCUUACCCAGAGUAUGGAUUAUGUUCCAUUGCAUUGGAAAACAAAUUGUAUCUUGUGGGCGGUCAGACGACAAUCACAGAUUGUUACGAUCCUGAGCAAAAUGUGUGGACUCAAAAGGCUGAUAUGAUAGAAAGAAGGAUGGAAGGCAGUGCAGUCGCCAUGAAUGGAUGUAUCUAUGUGACAGGAGGCUAUUCCUCUUCCAGAGGUUCUUACCUGCAGAACAUUGAGAAAUAUGAUCCUGAAAGUAAUAAAUGGGAAAUUGUGGGGAAUCUUCCUAGUGCUAUGCGUUCCCAUGGUUGUGUAUGCAUAUACACCCUGUAUGAUGAAGCAAAUGUCACUUCUGUGACUGUAACUACAACAUGAGUCACCACGUAGCACAAGAAUUUGCCUUCAGGUAACAAAAAUGUCUUUCAGUAGCUCAGCAGUUACAGGUUAGAAGAUAACUAAUAUCACAGUUCAAUUUGAUUAAUAUUACUAAUUCGCUCUGCUUUACAAGUGAUCCAUAUAUUACAAUUAUUAUGAAUCAGAUUCAAAAACUGCUAAAUGUUUAUUGCUGCCCACGUCAUCAAAGGUGACUCUAGGUGGCUUAAAAUCAAACACCAAUGUAAAACAUUAAAACAAUAAAUAGUAACAUUAAAUUUGAUUUAAAAUUGACAAAGAGGCGGAGCAAGAUGCAUACUAACCAACUCUGGGUUGACAUGUCCCCAUUGGGGCCUCAAGCCAGUUGGCAGAGCCAUGUCUUCAGGUUCUUUUGGAAGGCCAAAACAAUGGGUGCGAAAUUUGUUUUGAGGGGCAUGAUGUUCCAGGGAUUAUAGUUUCUGAGGAAAAGCUGCUAUUGUUUCCAACAUCCCCCCCCCCCUCCCUGCAGUUCAGUACCUUUUUGUAGAAACACAACCUUUCUUAACCUGGUUCUUUCUGGGGGUGAUGGAUCACAACAUUUAUAAUCUCUACUCUGGCUGUGGGUUCUUAAAGUACAUCACACCUUUACUUAGGAAUGGCUAGUCUACCCUACUUAACUCUUCAACCCUGCUCAAUUUCAACUCGGAAUGAUAACAUUUUAAAUAAUGUUUUCUCCAAGAAACAUAUAUGUAAUUGCCCCAUUCUUGAGUUACAUUAAAUCCUUUGAAGUUCCAACAUUACAAGCUAUGUGAUGGAGAUAUGAAUUGAUUUGUGAUUGUAUACCAAUGCUAAAGGAACACUAAAGAAUAACAGGGGAACAGGGGAAAGUCCUGCAUGUGGGGUGGGGGAACUCACUUCUUUUGUUGCUUUAGAUAUAGAUGUGAAGAUAUACAAUAUGCACAGUUUCUUGUGAACAUUUUGCCUUAUCUUGCCUCUUAAACUUAAGGGAGAUAAGUAGUAAAUAUCUACUUGACCCCCAAUACCACCAAUUAGUUAUCAAGCUAAAUCCCAGCCAAUGUAGACAUUACACUGUAGAUGGUUAUUUUACUGAGGUUUUCAUAUGCUUGUGUUAUUUAGGAUGAGACUCCAAUAGUAGGAUGGGGCCAAAUUAUUCUACCCUCUUUUAUGCCAACUUAGCCCCUCCUGAAGAUGUAGGAAUUUCUCCCCCUGAUAUGUUAUUUUAAGGCUACCAAAUUCAGUUGGAAAGGCCUAUUAUUUGUCCAAAUGGCAAGUUAUUUAUUUAUUUAUUAUUUAUUUAUUUAUUUAUUAAGCAAAUUUAUAUAACUGUCCAACUCACACAUAGGUGACUCUGGGAAGCUUACAACAACACAAUCAAAUCAAGCACUUGAUCUACUCGAUCUGCAUUGGUGGUCCCCAGGGCACUGACACAACCAUGUUUUCAGGGGAGGGGAGCAACCAUACCUUGAGGGGGAAUGAUGUUCUGUAACUUAGAUAUUGGAAUCCUAAAUGGUUCUAUAUGAAGUGACCAUCUAGGACAGUGAUGGCGAACCUUUUCAGCAUCGAGUGCCCAAUCUGGAACG